AUGUCCGAAAGCGGUACAAUUCUCGCACCUCUCGAUUUCGAGGACCUGAAAGCCAAAGGCUUGGUGUCUCCGGAGAGCGCGGCGGGGUUCUGCCGUAUUCACAAGCGCCGGCUAAACCGAUCGAGCGACGAGGAGCAUCGUAAUAUUUCCUUCGACGUUUCACUCGAAUCAUCAGUCGCAUUUUCCACAAUUCCCGACGUCCUAAUAUCUCGGGAAACUAUGAUUCACAAUGGGCUAUCUACUGAAAAGGCCGAUGAAUUAUGGCAGCAGUGGGAUAACUGGCCCCACGAUGGGCCCCGCCGUGAGGUUGACCCCGACGACGGAGGUUUACAAGUCUCGUUUCUUGACUUUGUUCUUGGACGCGUUCUACAUAAGUCCGAUGCUAUAGGGGAAAACGAUGUCGAAUGGCGGGUGUGUUUAGACGCUUGCGGUCUUGCCCCUGCUACUCAGGAUGCCAUCAUGGAUCGUCACUUCACCUAUCUCCGGCAAUCCAAUUCUUGUCAAUAUUGGGUCAGGGAUACAAUCGAGAUGCGCUAUGCUGGAUUGCAAGAAAUUCAGAGAUCAUCGCGUAGUCGUGAGAUGGAACUACGGCGAAGAGCAUCACGGCCAGGCGGGCAUCCGAGGGACGACGGUACAAUUCAAGGAGAUAUUGAAACGAGUUCAGGCUUGUCUUCGACUCCAACUGCCCCUGGUCUUCAGCAGCAAAGUACGCCCGGAAUGGCCUACGACAUUUGGAGCUCGGCGAGCGCCAUCGCGUCCCGCAAUGCGCCUUCAUACACUACACUCUUCAAAGGAAUGGACCAGGGUGGCAUAGGUGGACUUUUCGACGACGCCAGAACGCUGUCCAAUAUUGGGACACUUCGAAGUCGAGCGCCGUCGGAUUUUAGCGCCACACGAUCCCUCUUCUACUUCUCCCCGGACAUGAAAGUCGCAGAAUAUUAUGCCAGCUACGCCAAAAGACGCAGCAAUUCCGAGUCCGUCGUGAUCAUCUGCUUACGAAUCCCCAACGCUUCGAUAGAGACACUAUCUAAACCAGAUAUCCGACGUCUAUGUUGGCCGGAUGAUGCCUGGAUAGAACUUGUCUGGCGUUGUCGUACCGGCCAGUCUCUCCCUACCCGUUUACGGACAUAUCAGGACACCAUUCUUAUCAUUGGCACUAUAUCGCGGAAACCGGAUGCCCAAUAUCAUGCGCUGAGCUCUUGAGAGGAUAUUACGGAAAGCUAUCUACUGAAGGUGGGAGUAGAUGGGAGUGGCGAUACCGCUGUCCAGUAUUUUUUCAAUGGGGAGGAUGAAGGUUGUGAGUGGCUGGAGGAGAAUGGUGCUCGGGAUAUCAAAAUUUUGCCCUACUCUUUACAAGAUUUUGAAUCGUGGAUUGCGGCGAACCCUGUGAGCCACUCGUAGUAAUUAUGCCGCUGGGUGGUGUUUCUGGGGGAGAUAUGGGCCUCUAGGAUCUAAUAACGGAAUUCUAAUAGCCGUUAAUCCUUCGGCAAAAUCAGGGCAACUCCACCAAACGGUUUGCUGCGUGCCAAGGCGCAAACUCCUUGCUGCAUGACAUGACUCGAUACCAACCCACUCCUUCAAUAAAC